AUGGGUGGAGGUGAUCUCAACUUGAAGAAGUCCUUCCAUCCCGCGCUGCGGCGCAAUCAACAGGCCGUCUGGGAUGAAGAGCAAAAGGCCCUCGCCGAGCGCAAGCGAACACAACAGCGUAUCGACGAAAUCAAAGAGGAACUAAAAAAUGAAGAAGUCCAACGAAAGCUCGAGGCUGCAGGAGGGAAGAAGCGCGUUGAUCGCGUUGACUGGAUGUACCAAGGCCCCAACGACGGAGAAGGUGGCACGACAGAAGAAUCAGAAGCCUACUUGCUGGGCAAGCGGCGUAUCGACAACCUUAUCAAGGGCACAGAUCAUAAGAAGUUAGAGAAGGAUGCGGGGGCGGAGAGUUUCAUGGCGCUGCAGAAUGCGAACACUGCGAGGGAUACAGCUGCAAAGAUUCGCGACGAUCCGCUACUGGCUAUCAAGCGACAAGAACAAGCUGCGUACGAAGCCAUGAUGAACGACCCGAUUAAGCGCCGACAAUUACUAUCAUCGAUGGGAAUUGACGAUGAUAAGAAGAAGGAAAAGUCACGGAGGAGAGAAGACCGACACGACAGGCACCGAAGGCGGCAUCGUCAUCGCAGUGCGGAUCCUGAUGAUAGACACCACAGACGGCGACGCUCUGAUUCGCGAUCGCGAAGUCCACGACGUCGCGAUGAUUCAAGAGAAGAUCGGCACAGGCGACGCAGAGACGAUAGUCGAGAUGACCGUUCGCGACGAAGACGCGACGAUUCAGAGGACAGAGAACACAGACGUGAACACCGCUCUCGCCAUGAGCGACCACGCGAUGAGCGGCCCCGCGAAAGUCGAAGGGAAUUCCGAAGAAGCUACACCGACUCUCGCGACCGGCGACCACGAUACAAUGAAGAAGACGAUAAAGUCAAGGAGGAAGAGCGCCAGCGCAAAUUAGCAGCCAUGCAGUCUGCAGCAACAGAGCUCGAUGAAGAUCGCUCAAAGCGUCUUACGGCAUUGGAACAACAGGAGGCAGCACUUCGCGAAGCAGAUGACAAGGCUCGAGAGCGUGGAGGCGAUCGCAGCUUCAUCAACAAGCUGCAUCAACAAGCAAGCCACAAGGGUCUUGCCGACCGUAUGGGCGGAUCGCGCCGUGGAUAUCAAAGAGACGAAGAUUAG